GUCGCAGAUUUUAAAAAGUGAGAGAGGCAGGCAGCCGGAGUUUGGUGCGAGGGAAGCGCAGAGGCUCAAAACAAGUGUUCACGGCGGGAGCGAGCGGCAGCAGUGACACUUUGACGGUGUUUUCCCUCCCCUUUGACUGUGUUUUUUUUUUUUUUUUUUUUUUAUUUCUGCACUUCGACUAAAAGACAGCAGAGACACAGUUUGCGUCCUGUUUGGAGCGUGUGGAGCAACGCGCGGCGAUGGAGCUGUCAUCGAUAGGGGACCAAGUGUUUGCUGUUGAGUCAAUAACAAAGAAGAGAGUCAGAAAUGGUAAUGUGGAGUAUCUACUGAAAUGGCAGGGAUGGCCCCCAAAGUACAGUACUUGGGAACCAGAGGACAAUAUUUUGGACCCGCGCCUGGUCCUGGCCUACGAAGAAAAUCAGGAGAAGAUCAGAGCUCUGGCCUAUCGCAGGAAAGGUCUCAGACCCAGGAGGCUCGUCCUGCGGAACAUCUUUGCCAUGGACCUCCGCAGCGCCCACAAGGUCCCAGAGAAGCCCCCGUCCCGGCUGCGUCUCUCCCUCACCCGCUCCAUGAGUACAGAUGUGGACCAGGGCGAGCGGGGCAGCAUGUACCGUCGCCCAGUCAGGAGGAGGAGCAAGCAGAGGUUGGUUAAACGAGAACCGGAUGGACGCUCAAACAAGCCCGUCCGUCCACUGAGGAAGAAGGAGGAACCUAUGGAGGAGGACUGGAGUGGCAUCAGUGAAGAAGAGAAGCAUGAGUCUGAAAGCACCACAGAGGAGAGACACGAAGACAGCUUAUACGGUCAGUCAGAGUGCAGCUCCCCGCCCUUGCUGGAGCGACAGGACAUAGAGAUGGAGGUGGAGGAGAAGGUGGACGAGGACCUGACAGUCGUAGGCUCAGACACAUGGACUGACAAGCCAGGUGGAGGGACAUCUGAAACAAGACAGAACCAAAUGUUUGCGUGCAGCCAAUCAAAGGACAGCGCCUCAGUGCCUGUGGCCGGACCAGGAGAUGCGGUUACCGUGGGCGUCGGGUCAGACUGGGACAGAGGUGAGGAGGGUGAGGAGUCAGGGUCGGAAUGUCCCAGAUUAGAGAGAAACAACACGACCUCGGUGAUAGUGAGCGUUCAGGGGAGCGGCGAGAUGGCAGGUGCUGCCACCGCCUGCUCCACUGCCGAGGAGAAGGAUGAGAACGUGAGAGGCGACAAUCAGAGCGUUACCACCACAACACCAAGCCACCAGUCCACCCCCGAUGAAGCAGAGCAUCCUGGGAAGGUGAUUGUAACAGACGUGACUAUCAACUCACUGACGGUGACUUUUAAAGAAGCCAUGGUGGCUGAAGGCUUCUUUAAGGGGUACUGAUCGCGGAGAAAGAGAGAUCAAAAUAACCAUAAUUAGACUUGCCACUCAUUUUCUACAUGUAAAUAGUUGUUUAUGUAAGAUAAUUCCACAUGUUUACAAAGCUACACUCAUUUCCUACUGAAUUCAAUGAAGAUAUUAUUGCCUUUGAAUAAAAAAAAUGAGUGGCAAUUUCCUCAUUGUGGCUCAUUUAUUAGCAUGAUAGGAAGCCUGAGGCCCCAAAAAUGUGCUCGAAUCAUUUGUUGCAGUCCAGCGAAGUAAAUGGAUCGCAGUGGCAGGUUUCAUUCCCAGGACCGCUGGGUUUACUGAGAGCGGGAGACAGAUGGUGAGGCGGUGGUCUAAAAGCGUUACAGUCUACAUUACUACUUCCAUGCAGCUACUUUUUCCAGUCGUCCUCAGUGCUUUCCAGCCAGACGUUGGUCUCACACACAGAUCUGUUCUCGGGGCCUGUUUCAGUCGCUCCUCUUUCUUACGAAUAAUGUUUUGUAAAGAUAUUGCUCUUUUUUUCUUUUCUUUUUUUUUUUUUUUGUUUUGUUUUUCAGUAUUCGCAGAGAGCUAACCGCAUGCCCUGUCAGUCUGUGCCACACAUGCACAAAGCCCUGUCCUGUAUUUUAUUGAAGAGGUUUAUUUCUGUCACAAAAGACAUAAAACAAAGAGAGGGAAAUAAUGCCUGCUGCUUAGAUGAAGCUCUGCAUUUCAAGGAGGAUGGUUGCACAAAAAGAAGUACACAGUUGCGUUUGCUGUCUGUCUGUCUUUUUACUUUACAAGUAUAAAAUGCUACCUGGUUCUAUUUUUGUAUUACCAAUUGAUAGUCUGCUCUUUUCACUAGCCUUUGUGUAUUUCAAAAGAGGAGAUAUCAGUUUACACUGCCGCUGUCGACGCUGUGUAGGGUAAUGUACAAAAUGGAAGCAAAUGUACGUUAGGUCAGACUGUAGUGAGCUGUUAUUUAUUGCAUGUCACAUGUAUAAGCUAAACUAACUUAUGUCACUUAAUGUGUGUGAAUCAGUCUCUUCUCUGACAAAGAAUCUGUCAAACAUGUCUUCUCUCUAAAAAUGAAUUUUUAUUUUGACUGCAUUUCCAAUAAAUAUGUACUAAAAUAAAUGACUCCUGGAGCAUG